AUUUUUGGAAAUAUUAUGCAUUUGGGAAUAUAUUAUCUCUGUAGAUUAUUUAUACAACUUUCUAUUAAUAUAGAUGAGGCACCUCCACGUCCUCCUCUACCCAAUUCAGAAGAAAAUCCUCCUCCUCGUCCACCUCCUCCAGAAACUGAUGAUGAAUUUGAGGCUCAUUUUCCAAUCAUUCAACCUAACCAACCAAUAAUGGUGGCUGCUCAUGGCUUACAUCAAGAAGUUAAGCAGUGGUCCAGUAAGGAUAAUGAAAUAAUUGCUGCUGCUAAGAAAAUGGCAUUACUAAUGGCCAAACUAAGUCAACUUGUCAGAGGUGAUGGUGGAUCCAAAAGAGACCUUAUAGCAUGCUCUAAGGAUAUUGCUGAAGCAUCGAAAGAAGUCACCCGUCUAGCUAAAGAACUAGCUCGAAUGUGCACAGAUAAGAGAAUGAGAACUAAUAUUCUCCAAGUCUGUGAACGUAUCCCUACUAUUAGUACACAGCUUCGAAUUUUAUCUACGGUUAAAGCUACAAUGCUUGCUGGCCAAGGAACAGACGAGGAUUUGGAAGCCACAGAAAUGUUGGUUGGCAAUGCUCAAAAUUUAAUGCAAUCUGUGAAGGAAACAGUUCGUGCAUGUGAGGCUGCAUCCAUAAAAAUACGCACUGAUUCUGGUAUUCGAGUCCGCUGGAUCCGUAAGCAACCUUGGUAUCAAUAUUGAAGAGAAGACUAAUCUUUACAUUAUUAUGCAAUUAAUUUACUAACUUCUGUUGAAACGCUAACUAGAUUUAAUCUAAUUUUUAAAUUUUUGACAUGUUUAUUUACAUUUAAACGUUGUGACUAAUGUAAUGUCCAUCUUAUGGUUCCUUUAACUUUAAAUAGGAAGUCUUUUUGUAUCAUAAUUGUUUCUUUGGGUCAUACGUUAAAAAGAGUUUAGUUUUUAAUAUACCUUUUUUUAAAAUUACGUAGACUAGUGUAGACUUGACUAUUUUCCGUUUCUGAAAACCUUUUACUAUUUUCAUUUCCUAGUUUUGUGCACUUAAUUGUUAUAACUUAAUGUGUAUCAGUACUUGAUCAUGUGUGUUGACUUAUAAGCUGUUAUCAUUUUCAUUUAUUUUAUAUUCUUUACAUGUUCAAAAAUUGUAAUUGUGUGCCUCGUAUAAGGAAAACUGUUUCGUAUUUUCUGUGACAUGCUAGCUUAUUAUAGAAUAAUAGGAAAAGGAAAGCUAUUUUGUCUAAAAUAUGUUAAAGUUUAAGAACAUGUGGUUGUGUCAGAAAAAAAUGGAUGUGAAGUGCGUAUAAUGUUGUUACAUGAAAAGUUUUAUUUCAGAGCAAAAUAUUAUUGUUUGUUAUUGUUAAAUUUAGAAUUUAAAAAUUAAGUCUGUUGCAAAUAAGAAUAAAACUUAAGAAUGUUAUCUUGUCUACCAAUUUUACGAAUCUAUAUGUAAUUGCUGCCUUAUUCCUCAUAAACUUUGGUGAGCUUUCUUGAGGAUAUGUAAGCUAAUAUUGGAAUAUAUUGUAAAUUUUAAAAAAUUAUAUUUUUGCAGAUAUAUUGUACUGUUUCUUCCAUGAUAAUUUUUCUGCUUCUCAUUAAUUUUCUUGCUUUAUAUGUAUGUAUUUUGAGAAUAUGUUCUGAUACUAGGGAUGGUACAUAGUGAAAAAGCUAUGUCGAUGUAUGUUGUAAAUAUAUCUUGUGCGAAAUUGUAUUGUUGACUUGGGAAUGUAAUUGUUGACUUUGCUUUGUGCUUGAUAAUUGUUGAAAAUGCUAUAAUAAUAAUGCAAUUUGGAGCCAUUUCCUUUGUUUUGCCAAAGUGUUCCUAAUAUAUUUGAUAAAGUUGAAAUUUUAAGCUCAUUCUAACUGAGCAGUAUUGCAUUGUUUUAAUCAAAUAUUCUUCCAGUGUAAGUUAUGAGGUAAUUGUGCAUUUUUUAAAAAAAUAUUUGUAUGGUGCAAUAUUUAAACCUUUUCUUAUUCUCUUUACACAUUUUUAAAGUAUGUAGGUAAUGAAAACUAAAGUAUGUAUUUAUUUGAAGGUAUUAAUGCAUAUACAUGUGCUCUGGUGGGUGUAGAUAUGCUCAUUGGAGUUCAUAUUUAAAGGUUGUUAAAUGAUGCAAAGAUUUCAGUCAUUUGAAAAUAUUUAGAAUAUGAUAUAACUCAGCAUGUACUUUUAAAAUAACGCACACAUUUUUCAUUACCAUUAUUUGCUACUGUAGAAAAAUUACCAUAGUUUGUUUCUGUUAAAAUAGGAACUACAAGGCUGUUGUCAGCCUUCUUCAUUUGCAAAAAUAAUGCAUGCCAUCAUCACCACACAAGACUCAUUAUUUUCUCCACCGCAUGUAAGACUGUAGUUAGGUCAGCCUCCAUUCGCCUGCUUUUCAUGUAGCAAAGCAUGAUAAGCGGAAUUGGAGGAAGCAAUAAGGUGAAUUGAAAAAUCUGCUGCUUCAGUCAUUCCCCAUCAUUAGGAGUCUGUAUAGGCAGCAGGAAAUGACAUCAGAGUUCAUAUUUUUAAGUAAUAUUCCAUUGAUAUUACCUAAUUUGAUAAGAAAUGUGAUUAUCUUUGACUGUAAAGCAGUUCUUAAUGAUGUGUAAAAUCCGUAUUAUGUUUAUCCACCUAAAAGCUUUUUAGAGAGGAUUUCUGAGAUCGUGUUUUACAUCAGAAAGUGAUUCUGAAUACAUGCUAGUACUGAGAACAUUGCUUUGUAUUUAUUUACUUCAUUGUUUUAAAAUCAUUCUCUUUUUGAACUUUACAAGUACUUAUUUAUGGAAAUAUUUAUAAAAAAAUGGACUACUGUUGUGGGAAGCAUGAUUAUUAUAGUAUUGUGUUCAUAAGUCUUUUGCAUUUAAAGGUGUUUUUCAGGGAUUACUUCUCAUAGAAUUGUGCACUAAUAUGCUAAGCUAAAAUAUGGCUCUGUCAAAAUAAAUUUCUCAAUAAAAACACUUUUUUAUGAAAUUGCUAUUUCUUUAUUCAUGUUAUAGUUAAGCUGUGUUUAUGUAAAUUGAAUACAUACCCUAUUUACCCUUAGCUGAAAGUUUUUUAAGUAUUCACAUAAUCUUCCCCAUCUUCAAGAUAAGUCAGAAAGCAAGCUUUCUUAAAUUUUAAAAUGGUUUCAACUAUAUAGAUCAUUUUCAUCUUACAAAUUGAUUUGCAUGUGGAUUUUGGCUGCAUGGGCUCUAAACAAUAAUAGUGAAGAACUUCAAGAAAAUGAAGAUAUCUCAUGCUCGUGAUGAUUCUAAAGCUCAUUGCAGGUGGGAAGACAGAUUGAAUGGUGAUGAUGGCAAUGACCUGCAGGCUGUAGCAGACAGCAGUUCCAAAAGUAUAUAAUGAUUUGAGGCCUAGGAAGUAGGAGUUGAAAGUAAUAAAAGUGAGAUUCCAUAUACAGGAAGUAAAAAUGACGAUAUCUUAUUGAUAAUAUUACUGUGUAAAUCUUAUUGGAAUGUAGUUUUCUUUUAAAUAAAUAAUAUUGUUAUAGUUACUGUUAGUUUAUCCAUAAAAACUUUUCAUUUGUUAGUUUGUGUGACUAAAUUAGUAAUAAGAGAGGGGAAUUAUGUGAGUAAAUGGCAUUCAUAAAAAAUUGUGGAGAUCUCUGUAAAAAGGUUAUAAAUAUUCAUCUUCCGUCCAUUUAGUGAUUUAUGAUAUUUUAAGAGCUCACUUCUAGAUGUUUUUUCCUUUAAAUUUAAAUCUUCCUUUAGUAAAGACUCUUUGGGGGGCAGCGAAAUUUAUCAUUGAUGAUUCAUUUUUAAACUAAUCCUACAGUAUAGUUUAUUUCAGCUACAUUGGAUGUAAAACUGGUAGUUCUCAUAAAAUGUUUCAAUGUCAGUUCGCUUAAAGAUAGCAGAGCUUAGUUUAUUGUCUUCAGUAUCAGAAAUGCCAUAAUGAAAAAAAAUCACGUUUUCUAUUUAACUGUAAUAAAUUACUGCAUUAAUUCUAAUUUUAUGCAUGAAUUUAUUAAAUACAAACUAAUUUUUGUAAAUUUUCCUUUUUUAUGAUUACUAAUAUGCCUAUGAAAUUUGUUAUGGCUCUUUGUGCAGUUGCAGCACGUUGUUGUGAUUCGUGCUUUUCCCAAAAUUAUGAAUAUUUAAAAAUAAAAAGUUCUUGAAUCAUGCUAGUGUUCUCAGUUUGAAUCUCUGUUUAAGGAAUGUAUUCUCAAGGGAUAUGCAGAUGAGAAUUUACUUGACGAAUAAACAUAAGUAUGCCAUAUGUGCAAUUAGUUUGAUUAAUUUGCUUUCCAAUUUUUUGUUUGUUGGAUUUAAUUUUGAUAAGAUAAAUCAUUUAAUUAAAGUAACUUAGUACUUGUUUUAAAAAUUCUAACAUAUCAUGAAUUGUAAUCUUUAUCAGUUUUUAUUAUACUAAUGUGUCUGUUGACUUUGAAGUUUUCUGCCAUAACUCUGUUAUGAUGAAUGAGUAUUUAUUUUUAGCACUCUUUAUUAGAUCUUUACUUUGGUAAGUGCAAUAUAUAUUAUUGAUAUGUUGCAAUAUAAUAACUGUAAAGAAUGAAAUGGAACAGAUGUUCUUUGUCCUCUGAUACCUGUUUUUAAAAUUUUUUGUUAUAAAUUUAUGUAUGUGGUUACUUUCAUUUUAGAAUAUGUAAAAAUGAGUAUUUAAUAAUUUUAAAUUUACAUUUUUGUUUAUAAGCAGCAUUUGGCAUAUCAUGAAAAGUUUUAUUCUGUUCUUAUAAAAAUAUUAAUUCGAGUAUAUUCAAAUUGAAGUUUAAGAUAUUUUCUUGUUAAGCUAAAAAUUCAACAUCUGCAUAUGAUUUUAGUUUUUAUAUGUAUUAUUUACAAAAAACAUGUUUCUAUUAUAGUCUGAUGAGGCAACAUUUUUUGUUACUCUUUUAUAUGUACUAGUUGUCUUUUGAUACAAAAGUUUAAGGCAUGUAUUGUGUAGCAUAUAUAAUUUGCAUUUUCCUGGUUUGCAAAGGUUUAUAUUCUCAUCUUAUUAUUAUCAGCAUCUAGAAAAUAUAUUUUUCAAGAAAAAAAUAAGUUUUUCUGCAAUUCUCUAACUAGCAAAAGGUCAUAAAAAUUUUGCUGCCAUUUAUAAUUCAUUUUACUUCAGUAAGCAAUUAUUGCCACAUCUGUAAGAAUUUUUCUUGUCAUGAGCAAUUUAAUUAAUGUAAUUUUUGUUAAUUGCAUUAAAAUUGUAUUUUUAUUUGUAAUGUGAUUCAGUGUAUAAGUUGUGCACAUUUUAUCAAAAUGUUUCAGUAUAUUUUAUGUUAUUAAUAUCCUUCCGUUUUAUUAAAAGAGAAGCAUUUGCUAUUGGUAAUAAUUCCAAAUAACCUUUGGUACAUAUAAACAAAGAAAAAAUAUGUUUGAAGUACUUAAAUUUUUUUUGGGGGGGAAGAGUCCAUAGAUAGGUUAGUGAUAAUAAAAGGUUAAUUACUAUGUUAGUAUGAAUAAGAACAAUAAUGAAAACGUCUGUCAAUUAUGAACCUGUGAUAAAUAGUUUUGAUCAUAAUUUAUUAUAAUUUAUAUAAGAAUUGUGCUUACGUCAAUCAAUUUAUCUUCAGUAAAAUCUUACUUAGAUUGUAUUUUACAGCUGUUUGAAGAUUUAUUGUUUUAAUAAAGUAAAUGUUUAUGGAUGUA